AAAAAAAAAAGGGGAGACCGAGACUGACAGGGCGUCCCCGAAAAGAAGAAGCUGCAGUUCGUCGACAUGAGCGGUCAGUUUGAGGAAGAUAUCCGCGAGCGGGGAGAGAGGAAGAGCAGUAAAUCCCCAACGCUGCUCUCUUCUUACUGCAUAGACAGCAUUCUGGGCCGCAGGAGCCCCUGUAAGGUCAGACUCAUCGGGGCACAAACUUUGACGGGUCUGCCCGGCAGAGGGGAGAUUGACAAGAUGGCAGAUGGCCCAACGAAAGAGCCUCUCUCCCUCAGCGCCGACAUGCACCUGCCCCCUAAGCUCCGCCGGCUCUACGGCCCGGGGGGGAAGUACCUGCACGAGCACGCCGACAAGCUGGACCGGGACCGGCUCCUCCUGGAGCAGGCCAGCGACGGCCUCAAGAUCAGCCAGGCGCCGCAGGUGAGCAUCAGCCGCAGCAAGUCCUACCGGGAGAACGCCGGCUCGCUGAGCCGGGCGGAGGGCGACGAGAGCCCCGGCGAGGCCUCGGAGGACGGCAGCCUCGGGCUGGUGGAGCUCGGCCCGCUGAAGUUCGAGGAGGACGCCGGGAAGGAGGAGGAGAGCUGCGGGGACGCGGCCGCCCUCUCCCCGAAGGACGAGGAGAGGGAGAGCUUGAACGCCGGGGAUGGGGACGUGAGGGACGGGGAGGACAGCGUGUGUCUGUCGGCGGGGAGCGACUCGGAGGAGGGGAUGCUGAAACGGAAGCAGAGAAGAUACAGGACUACCUUCACCAGCUACCAGCUGGAGGAGCUGGAGAGGGCCUUCCAGAAGACACACUACCCGGACGUCUUCACCAGAGAGGAGCUUGCCAUGCGUCUGGAUCUGACCGAGGCUCGCGUCCAAGUGUGGUUCCAGAACCGCAGGGCUAAGUGGAGGAAGCGUGAGAAGGCCGGGGUGCAGGCCCACCCGUCCGGCCUGCCCUUCCCAGGCCCGCUGGCAGCCGGUCAUCCUCUCAGCCACUACCUGGAAGGGGGGCCCUUCCCUCCUCAUCCCCACCCUGCCCUGGAGUCUGCCUGGACGGCGGCCGCAGCCGCGGCGGCGGCCUUCCCGGGCCUGGCCCCCCCGCCCCACAACGGCUCCACCCCCCCUUUGGCCACCCCGCUGGGCCUGGGCACUUUCUUAGGAACGGCAGCCAUGUUCCGCCACCCUGCCUUCAUCGGACCCACUUUUGGCAGGCUCUUCUCCAGUAUGGGUCCCCUGACCAGUGCUUCCACCGCCGCAGCUCUCCUCCGCCAGCCCGCGCCCCCCGUGGAGAGCCCCUCCCACGCCGGCUCCGUCCUCCCCGACCCGUCCUCUUCCUCCGCCUCCUCAUCCUCCUCAGCAGCGGCGGCCGACCGAAGGGCCUCCAGCAUCGCCGCCCUGCGCCUCAAGGCCAAGGAACACUCGGCCCAGCUCACCCAGCUGAACAUCCUGCCCGCCGGAGCCACGGGGAAGGAGGUGUGCUGA